GCUCAAGCCUACUGCUCACCACCUGCGUCUUGCUGAUCAUGACCUGCAUGCUAUCGAUAACUCCGGCCUAGAGUACUAGAGAGCACACUCACAUCCAUCGAGCGGAUGCUUUCGGAUCCUUGCCGAAACAAGCCGCCGUCGCGCUAUGACGAUCAUCAUCCAAGUUGCGGCAAUUCCCAUCACUUGUUGAGAAACAUUUCUCCCGUGUGAAACGAUAUUCAUGCAUCAUACGCAAUCAUACUCAAUUCUUCGUCAAGCCGUAGAAGGACCUUUCCGAGUAGUUCCUCUUGAAACACGACGCACCCUGAAGCCAGCGGCAGCCGCUUCACCAUGGCCGAACAGGAAACCAAAAAGAGUGGCUUCCGGGCCAUGUUUGGCAUGAAAUCCGGCAAAGAAGCAAAACCACAAGGCGCCCGGAAAAAGCUUUCCAAGAAAGGAUCACGAAGCGAUAUGCUUGGAAAGCUUGACUCGACCGUCAGUGUGGGCAGGACUGCACGUCAAGACUCUGGUAGUUUUACCGACGAAAGAAACGGCUCAACCGUAACUCAAUUUGGCCUUCCGCCAUAUGAUGAGGUUAUUGGGGUUGCACCGCAUGCAUUGCGCGAUAACCCAUACACUGCCAUCAAUGCUCUCACUGACACGAGCAACACCCAUCUCUUUGUUGAUUUGCAAGCAGCCGACUAUCGUCGCAAUUCAGAGGGACAACCACAAUAUGCCGCACCGCUAUAUCACCCGCAGAGCCCAAGGUCAGGAUCUCUGCCACAGAUACAUAGCGAGAAUAUGCGUCCGUACUCGCCGCCGAAAGCGCAGCCGUCGAAACUCAGCAAAGCACAUCGAGCACCUUCGGCACGCGCAAGAGCAGAUGAUAUUCUUGACAAGGAUACGGGAGAGAGAAAGGACUUGACCGAGAUGAUGCAUGCAUUCACAUAUGUCGAUGGAGUAGACACCAUUGAAGAGGAGAAAGAUAACGAAUCUCUCCUUUACGAUCCUUCACGACCUGAUGGAACGGCAAUGCUUGCCAGUGCAUCACCCGAGGUGUGGCUACGCGUUGCCGACUUUCUAUCACCGUUGGAUGUUGCCAAUCUAUCAUCAACAUGCCGGACCAUGUAUGCUCGACUAGGCAAGCACCCAUACAAACUUCUUCUGGACCCAGUGCACCGCACACACCGAUUAGACUUUUUACUCGCCAUGGAUCCCAAAAUGCCACGCCAUCUCUUCUGCUUCCCAUGCGCUCAAUGGCACCUCCGAAUCCAACCCGGCCUAGAAUCGCUGAAGCCCCAAAACGUCCUCAACCCCCUCUUCGAAUGCCCAAACAUGACAAACAUCCAUAUACCCCCUCCCCGCAUCCGCAUCACCGACGGCCGCACCCUCCCCUUCGCCUUCAUCCAACUCGCCCGCCGAAACUGGGCCCACGGUCCCGACUACGGCAUCCCUCACCAAUCCCUCGCGCGCCGCUGGAAAGACGCGUAUUCAGACUGGACGCACGAAUCCGCAUACCAUAUCACCGAAAAGGGGCACGUCCUCAUGCGCGUCCGCUCCCAGCACCACGUCCAAGGCGGCCUCACCGACGCAGCAAAGCGCCUCCUGCUCUUCAGCCGCGGCGACUACACACCCUACUUUAGCGUGUGCGCCCACUGGAAACACGGCAUCCUAACCUCGAUCCCCAAAUGCGCCCUCUCGCACAUCCCCUACGCGAGCGAAAGCGAGACCACCGCCAUCGACAAGUUCAAAGAACGCAAUCUCGGCAAGAAAAUCCUCGGCAUGGUGCCCCUGUGCUCAACCUGCCGCCCUAUGCGUCGCUGUCCCAAGUGCCCAACCGAGUACCUCUUCGAGCUCAAGCUCGUCGAAGACAAGAACGUCAGGAGUUAUGAGCAUGGCCGCUUCAAGCAGGCCCUCGUCGUCACCCGCUGGAGCGAUCUGGGGCCCGCCCGGAGUCCGCUCGAUGCCCAGUGGAGUGCCAUCAUGGGCGAGAAUGAGGGUUACGAUAGUUUUCAGGAGAUUGGCAGGAGGGCCGUUAGCGGCGUCUUUGAGAGCGCGUUUACCGAUACCAUUCCCGGGCAGAGGGUGUUGAGCAUGAAUCCACAGCGUGUGACAGCAAAUGAGGAGGCGGGGGAUUGGUAUUAGACAUUGAUAUGACACUUUGUUUUCAAGGACAGCUUGGAAGUGUUUCAUGCUUGAUAAAGAGAAGAUUUAAAUGUACAUUUUUCUUCUUCUUUUCUUUUUCUCAACUCCGAUUCUUUUUCUUCUUCUUCUUCUUCUUCUUCUUCUUCUUCUCUGACUCCUCUAUGCCACUUUUUGUCAGGACUUGUCAACUUGACAAAAUUUCCGUGCUACUAAUGCAUCCGCAACUCCUUAUGGCAAUGCACAUUGCUGGACCGCUACCUUACCGAUCAAACCCCAAACACCCCAAGCACAAACCCCUUCCAAGGUUCUUAUGGCGCCCGCACCACUUUCCUACCCGUAACCUCAUAUCGCUUCAAUUCUUGCAGGAUUUUGGGCGAAUCGGCAAAGUCGUAUACUUCGACUUUUGGUGUGAUCUUGCCUUGGACAGCCAUCUGGAGCAGCUCGUCCAUUUGCUUUG